CACACAAGUCGCCCAUAGACCCAGUUACACGCACACACGCGCGAACACACACACACACACACGCGUGCGCGCGUCUCAUUCCUUAGCUGACACACCUGCCUCUCGUUGCUAGAGGCGAAAGUGUACGGAUAAACUCACUUCUUCGACUCGCGAAUGAAUUGCAGCUCACAAGACGCCUGGACUCAAUAUCUGUCUCCGGUCUGCUCACUGACAUUCCCCCGAUUGACCACCGUCGGGCGUUCAUCUCCCGCUGGGACCUUCAUCCGCGGCGUUGGCGGCGGCGUCACGCGCGUGGUGGGUGGACAAGGGGACGAGGCGGGCGCGUGAAGGAGGGAGGACGACGCCGCCCUGGGCGGGAGGGCGCGGGGCUACGGAGCUCGGGGGGACCGGCGGCCAUGGCACUGCCCUGGGCUCGGGUGCUGUGCUGCGUGGGACUCUCGCUGCUGGCGUGCGUGUCGGCUCAGGAAGUGUGCCGCUCCGUGCAAGUGGCUGACGUCGCCUUCCUCAUCGACGGCUCCUGGAGCAUCGGGCGGUCCAAUUUCGAGGAGGUGAAGGCCUUCAUCGAGGGGAUUGUGGGCGCCUUCACGGGGUCAACGCUGGGCACGGCGGGCAUACGAGUGGCGGUGGCGCAGUUCAGUGAUGACCCGCGGAUGGAGUUCAGGCUGAUGGACUUCACAACAUCUUGGGAGGAGGUCAAGUCGGCCGUGCGAGCCCUCCCCUACAAGGGGGGCAACACCCGCACGGGAGAGGGCCUCAAGUUUGUGGCCGACACGAUCUUCGCUCCGUCCACGUUGCGCGCCGACGUGCCAAAGGUGGUGAUCGUUAUAACGGACGGGAAGUCCCAAGACUCCGUUGAGAAUCCCUCGAAUCGUCUCAAGAGUCGCGGGGUCACGGUCUACGCCAUUGGCAUCAAGAACGCUGACAAGGAGGAGCUGGACAUAAUAUCGUCACAGCCCAGCGAGCAACACUCGUUGUACAUCGACGAAUUCAAGCUGCUGAGGAGCGUCCUGCCCAAGAUCACACGGAGAGUCUGCCACGUGUUGGCAGGGCUGCCGUUUCAGCCGGAACUCCUGCCUACUGCCGCGCUCGGCGUCCAGGACCUCGUGGCUCUGCCCAGGGGGCCCAGCGCCCUGCACGUUUCUUGGACGGAGCCCGCCCCGGGCGACGUUGUGAUUGGCUACCGCGUGCUGUACGUGCUGCUAGACGCGGCCGGGCAGCCAAUCGCCAGCGAGCAGGGAGAGGUGGCGGUCCGUAGCGGGGAAACGACCGUGUCGUUAUCCGACCUCCGACCUUCGAGCGAUUACUCCGUUACCGUGGUGACGCAAUACGAGGGUCACCAAGGGCAACCCAUCACGGCGACCGCGCGCACGGGUGACCUGUCGGUGCAGACACGCAUUAGGGUGCUCGACGAAGGCCUCUACUCGCUGAGGGUCACGUGGGACCCUCCCGCAUCUCCCGUGCAGGGAUAUCGCCUGACGAACUCGCCGCGCGACUCGCGGUUGGGACCCUCGCAAGAGAUGAACCUGGCGCCUGGAGCGACGUCCCACCUGCUGGACGAUCUUCGGCCGGACACGGAAUACGUGGUCUCCUUGUACGCGCUCGCCACGUCGGGCAACCACGAGGCAGCGCUCACGGCAUCCGGCAGGACCCUGAGGCUGGAGGGCGUGAGGCGGCUGCUGCUGCAGAACGUGACGACCAACUCGAUGAGGGCCGUGUGGGAGCCGCCGCGGGGGGCCACCGGGUAUCGGCUCACCUGGGGAGCCACCGAGGGAGGGGACAGGCAGAGCGUGACCGUCGACGGCUCCUACUCCACCUUCCUCUUGCCGGGAAUGAGCACCGGCAGUGAAUACCAAGUGUCCAUCAACCCCGUGUACGGCAGCGUGGAGGGGCCCGUGGUGACGGCGAGCGCAACCACACUGUCGUCAGGCGUGGUGCAGGACCUGCGCGUGACCAGAGUCACCUCGAGCUCCCUGCGGCUGGCGUGGACGUCUCUGCCCGGUGCCACGGGCUACAGCCUCGUCUGGGGGCCCACCAACGGAGGGCAGGCUGGCCGGCGCCGCUCCCAGCAGGUGGUGCUGCCCGGCACGGCCUCCAGCCACGAGCUGCUGGGCCUCUCUCGCGACACGGAGUACGCGCUCACCCUGCAUGCCACCUUUGGCGAGACCCAGGGGCCCGGCUCCCCCACCACGGCCCGCACCGUCACCGCGGAUGACGCGGAGGCGUCGUUCCCGCUGUCGGUGUCGGACCUGCGCGUGCUGGAGGUGAAGAGGAGCAGCGUCCGCAUUGGGUGGAGCGGCGUCUCGCGAUCCACGGGCUACCGGAUCACGUGGGGCCCGGCCUCCGGCGGAGCGGAGCUGGUGCGCAUGGUGCGCCCCAAGGUCACGUCGUACGCCAUCGAGGGCCUGCAGGAGGCGACCGCGUACACCGUCGGGGUGACGGCAAUGGCGGGCCGGAGGGAGGGCGCGUUGGUCACCAUCACCAUCACCACAGGUACAGGUGACCGCCUGGAUGUGCCGUCGCAAGGAUCAGACGUUGGUUCAGUUCGGAACCUACGGAUUGUGGACAGCGGGAGCCAGUAUUUGCGAGUGAGCUGGACCAGACUGGCCCAGGCUUCUGGCUACAGGCUCAGCUGGAGAAUUACAGACGGGGGCCCCGAGUCGAGCCGCAUGCUGCGCCCGGACGCGACGACGUUCGUGGUCGACGGCCUGCAGCAGGGCACGACCUACUCGCUGUCCCUGGUGGCACUCGCCGGAGCCAGGGAGGGGGCGGCAGCGACGCUGAUUGCAAGGACGCGUGGGGGCGGCGGGGAGGCUGGUGGCGAUGCGGAGUUCCUGGGGGUGCAAGGGUUUCGGGUGUCCGAUACGUCGGACGGAGUUCUGACGCUCACGUGGGAACCUCAGCCGCGAGCAUCUCAGUACCUCCUCACCUGGGCUUCAGAUGCCGGCGAGCAGUUCCGCGCGUCUCUUGAGCCCAGCGUGACCAUGCACAAGGUGACGGGCCUUCUGGGCGGCCGCGUCUACACGUUCACCAUCCUGCCCAUGUUCUCCACCAGGCAUGGUCCCUCCUCCACGCUCACCCAGCGCACAGAAGGUUUACAGGUCGUCGUUGGGCCCCCUAUAUUUGAAGACGACGAUUCAGGUUUUUGGGAGGCGUGCCUCGGCCUGCAGGCCGACAUCGUCUUCCUCGUCGACGGGUCGGCCGCGGUCGGCGUCGGCAACUUUGAGCGCGUCAGGGAGUUCCUCGCCCGGAUGGUGUCGCUCUUCCCGAGGAUCGGCCCCAACGGCACGCAGGUUGCCGUGGCGCAGUUCAGCGACGACGUGACCGUGGAGUUCAACCUCAACGAGUACCGCGACCGGGGCCUGCUGGACCAGGCGAUCCGCGCGCUGCUUCACGCCGGCGGGCCCGGCGUGCGCUGCUGGUGA